GCUGACCGUCGUCUUUGUGUUCAUUGAGUGUAGAACAUCCGAAGUUUAUAAAUGAAGAGCGUAAACAUAGUUUAGAAAUUUCCCAUUCAUUCAAUUAUGAAAAUGACGCUAAGUACAUAACAGAACAAUGAAUCUCUUUCAAUAACAAAAAGAUAAUCAAUUCCGGACAGCAGCGAUGACUGAAACUCCAAACCUACCUUUGCCUCUCAAUCCAAUCAAGUCAAACUCACUUGAGGAGAGAAGAUUGUGGGUAGGAAAUUUAGAUCUUCGAAUUAAUGAGUACCAACUAUUAAAAAUCGUUCAAAAAUAUGGAAAAAUCGAAAAGUUUGAUCUGCUCUUCCAUCGGUCUGGACCACAAGCUGGUCAGCCUAGAGGUUAUGCCUUCGUGACCUAUGCGACUGUCGAAGAUGCCGAGAAAGCCAAAGGAAUUCUUCAUAAUGCUAAAAUAGGGUGUAAGAAUGUCAUCGUUCGCUGGGCUCACACCGUAUCCGAGGUAGAAAUCGACAAGACGAAACCCCUGAUUGACAUUCCAGCCCUGUCAGGUGCCAAAAAAGAAGACAAGAAGAUAAGUCGUGAAGUAGCUAUACAAGCAAUCGAGGCCAAGUUGAAAUUAAUGAAAGAAUGUGAGGAAGAAUUCGAAUUAAACAAACCCCUGGUUGGUAACUCAGUGAUACAGCAGUACCAAAAAACCGAACCACCAAAACCAUCGUCAUCUAGCAAACAUUAUCUCCAUCGACAUCAUCAUACUCGUCCGUACUCAAGAUCUAAACCACGGAGAUAGUUCCCACAAUAUUUUUAUCAACUUGUAAAUACAUUUUCAUGACACCAGCAUCGAAACUUCUCCAAGUUUCAGUGUCUCGAAAUCUAUCAUAGAUCUACAGCCAGUCAAAAAAAGCGAAUUUCAGUCCCAUGCCGCAAACAAAUAUUAGCAAACGCGUAAAUUGUAAUGCCUUUAGUCAGAGGGUAGAAACAAAUUCGUCUCGACCCUUGGGAACAAACAAAUAAUUCCCGCUGACAAGACUUUCGGAAUUGAAACUCUGAUACUUGUCAUCUAUCUAACAGUAAUUUCAGACCAUCGAUUUUACUUUCGUAAACGACAGUUCUGACUGUGAUUGAGUUUUAAAAAAAUUAGUGUGAACAAUAAAUAGUAUUUAGUUUCUGCUAAAUUGCAAAUGACAAUUAAUGUUUACGCUAAUAGUUGAUGACACCAUUGGUCUUAAAUUAACUUGUCUCUGACUGGCUGCUGACACAAACUUAAAGUUCCAAUGCAGGUAAUCAUGAAAAAUUUAGUGUGUAACUCAGGAUGAAACGCGGGUGAUGUCAGCCUCCACCCUGGUCUGAAAUCGUUCUGUUUCAUCCCUUGUCACACAAUGUACUAUUAAUCAUUAGUGGCUUUUUAAACGAUUUUUAUCCAUGACAAUGAAUUAAUAAGUCGUCCUACUGUGUCUUCAUACAUCAAAUUUUUUGAGAUUAAUUUUACAUAUAUAUAUAUAUUUAUAUAAUAUCGAACAAUAUUUAUUUAUAAUUAUUUGAUAUGUGAUUUAAAUUCAACGAAAAAAAAAAUGUUAAUAGCUAGCGGAAAAAAAUUACGA